UUUUUUGUUAGUGUAGACUGUAGAGUGUAUAUUUGAUUUUUUAUUUAAAAAGAUGGCAAGAAUUGAGGGAAGCAGAAGGAGGGGACAGGUUGCAUGGGUGACACUCGUCAGUGGAGGCCAACACGUCGUUCUCGUCGUCGUCGUUUGUUUGUUGAGUUGUCCUCUUUUACCUCACUCUAACACAUCAUACUCGCAACAUCAUUUCAUGUGAUUUAUCUACAAUCCAUUUUGGCUUAUGUUUAAUAAUUCUUCAUAUACCAAAAAUAUUAUAUACAAUAAUUAUAUAGGGAUUUGCAAAUUGCAUGCAAUGGAUUAUUAAUAAAAAUCAAAGAUACCUAAAAUAGUAAUUAAGAAAAAAAGGAGGAGUAUUAAGGCAAAGCACACAGGGCAGGGGCAGCCACACCCGCACCAAACACAUAAAAUUAAUACUUGUUAGUACUGAACCAAUAUCUGCGUCAACUAAAACUAAGGAGAGGCAAACACAAGACAAGAAGCGUGCUGUCCAAGCGAGAAGAAGGCCAGCCAUAGAGUGUGCGUUGGUGUCAUCUGGUGACUCUCUCACUCACUAACCCUCUGCAAAAACCAUUCUCACUCUUCACCCACCUUUCACCUUUUCAAUUUUCUUUCUGGGUUUCCUUUUGUGGACUCUUUUCCGAUAGUGGGCGAGAGGGGCCGGGUUGUGUGUUUUUUGAAGGUGAACCAAGCAAUUGGGAGGUGAGAAUUGAUUGUGAAUGGGAGUAAGAGGAAAGAAAUUUGAGGGAGGCUGAUGAGGAAGUCUUUCAAAGAUUCUCUAAAAGCGCUCGAGGCUGAUAUUCAACAUGCCAACACCCUGGCUUCGGAUUAUUCAAGGGAAUAUGAUGGUGCAUGCCUUCAGAUGAGGCUUUCAUACAGCCCCUGUGCUGACAUUUUCCUUUUCCUGUUUCAAUGGACUGAUUGUCGCCUUGCCGGUGUACUUGGACUCAUUAGGAUCCUUAUUUACAAGGUAUACGAGGAUGGUAAGACUACCAUGUCUGUUUACGAAAGAAAAGCUAGUUUAAGUGAGUUUUAUGGUGUUAUAUUCCCCUCUUUGCUGCAACUUCAUAAAGGAAUCACUGAUAUCGAAGAGAAGAAACAGAGGGAGAUCUGUGCAACUAAAUACCGGAGAAGAGAUGAAAUGGAGAAAGGCAAGCUGUCUGAAAUUGAGAUAGAGAGAGAAGAAGAAUGUGGGAUUUGCAUGGAAAUGGAUACCAAGGUUGUCCUGCCCAGUUGCGCCCAUUCCCUGUGUAUGAAAUGCUAUCGGAACUGGAGGGGUCGAUCACAAUCAUGUCCAUUUUGUCGAGACAGUCUGAAAAGGGUGAACUCAGGGGAGCUGUGGGUCUACACUAGCAAUUGUGACAUUACUGAUUUAUCUGCCAUUGGAAGGGAAAAUCUCAAGAGACUAUUCAUGUAUAUUGACAAGUUGCCUCUUGUAGUUCCAGAUCCAAUGGUGGUUUCAUAUGCUCCUCAUUUUCGAUGAAUUGUUUGUUGGGCGACUUUUGUACAUAAAAUUUCAACUAAUGCACAUAUGAUUCAGCUUC